UGCGUCCAACGCGCCGCCCGCGCGUCACCAUCGCAGACCUCACCAACACGCUCGGCUCGCCGCCUUCAUCGCGCCGAUAAGCGCUGACAGGCGAAGCAAGAGGGGAGAGAUAUGGAGGGACAGAAACUCUGACUUCAGAGGAACCCACACGCAGGGGCGGAUGGACGUUACAUUACUCUCCUAACAGGCAAAUAUAAAUACCAGCCAGGGACAGGGGAAAAGGCGAGGGAGCGGCCUGAAAUUCAAAUUCAAAUUGUCUCUUGGCAAAGGGAAAUCAGCACCAUCAUGCUCCCUCGAAGUAUGAAGACAUCUGGAGUAGAGCUGCCGGGAGUGGGGCCCAGAGAGGUGCCCCUCAUCGGAUAUCGACCCCUGCAGCCAGAGGUGGACGGCCAUAAGGAUCAGCUGUGGAAGGAGAAUGAAAACAGGGAGGCAGAUCACACACAGGGGGAGCCAUCCCCGAUGAAGACCACAUGGUACUGUCCACUGGACCUGUCCACUGUGUCUGAAAUGGAGGAAGAUGGUAUCAUCUACACUGUGGUGGUAAAACAAGGGCACAGUUCCCCCGCCGGCCCGCAGUCCACAGCAUCCCGCUCUCAGCACGUCAAAGCAGGGACAGAGGAAAAGCUGGUCCUCCAUCUCCUACAUUCCUUCAGCAUGGGUGACUCCUCCUUCAUCUCCAUCUUCCUCUCCACCUAUCGCUCCUUCACCUCCACCCAGAGAGUGCUGGACAUCCUGAUUGACAGGUUGGGAAUUCCUCCGGGUGAGAGCAAUAGUAACACUCGUCAGAUGUUCAACAAGGCAGUGUGUACGGUGUUCAGCACAUGGCUGAGUGACUAUCCCGAGGAUUUCUGCUCUCUGAGCGAUCCCUCCUGCUUGUUACGCUUGGCCCCCCUGCUUCCCGGUGACACCUCGGGUGCAGAAAUCAAAGGUCGACUGCUGAGGAUCGCUGAGGAGCUGAGGGAGAAAACCCUGCUGUCCGGCUCGCUCUCAGAUCCUACCAAAGGUGUGACAUCUCCUCCUGAUCCCUCUGAGUUUGAUGCCACCAGCAUCCUGGGGUUUCCAUCCAGUGUGAUCGCAGAGCAGCUGACCAGGAUCGAGACAGAUCUGUUUCUGAAGCUGGUGCCCUAUCACUGUCUGGGGUCUCUGUGGUCUCAGAGAGAUAAGAAAGGCCGGGAAGGAGCGUGCUGGUCGGUCAGAGCUACUAUCAAGCAGUUCAAUCGCUUAGCAAACGCUGUCACAGCCUCGUGCUUGUGGAACACGGGUCUGAAGAGCCAACAGAGGGCCAGACUGCUGGAGAAAUGGAUCAGCGUGGCAGAGGCCUGCAGAAGCAGGAAGAACUUCUCCUCACUGUACGCCAUUCUGUCAGCGCUGCAGAGCAACCCCAUCCACAGACUGAGAAAGACCUGGCAGGAGACAGACAGAGAAGCUGUAAAGAGAUACGAGGAACUUUCUGACAUCUUCUCUGAGAAAGACAACUUCUCUCAGAGCCGCGAGCUUCUCAAAGAGGUGGGGACUUCCAAAUUUUCAAACCUUGACACUAAAAUCAACAACAGGAGAUUCACAGGGUCGUGCGCUCAGGGCACUGUGCCGUACCUGGGCAUCUUCCUCAGAGAUCUCACCAUGCUGGACACUGCAGUCAAAGACCGAUUAGAGAAUGGCUUCAUCAACUUCGAUAAAAGACGACGGGAGUUUGAAGUCAUCGCUCAAAUUCGCCUCCUUCAGUCCUCGUGUAGAAACAGCAUGUUCAGAACGGAUGAGACGUUUGUUCUGUGGUAUCACAGCGUACCUAGUCUGUGCGAAGAGGAAAGCUACAAGCUGUCCAAUCAGAUUGAAGCACCGGGCGAGCCGAGUCCUGGCCGUGUCCUGAACCCUACAGUGAUCAUCACACAGUGUCCAGAUGCUCUUUCAGCCGUGGCAAAUACGACAAUGGAUGCUGAUGGCAUGUUUGACUUCCCGUCUCCUGUCAAUCACCUGCUCUCCAGGCUUUACAAGCACGUGAAAUCCCCAUCCGUUUCCUGUCUGGAUGUUGAUUCGUCACCGCCGCCCAAUGAUGCCACGCCCUCUGGCCUGACCACACCCACUACAGCUGUAAAAUCACAUCGGCGGUCUGUCUCCUGCGGCAACAACCCCACCAAAAACAAACCAGAGGCGGGGCCUGAUAUGAGAAUCGUCAGGAUACGGAUGGAUUUACAUGACGGCAACUUAUACAGAAGCAUUCUGGUCACCAGUAAUGAUAAAACACCCACUGUAAUCAGUUCUGCAUUAGAGAAGCACAACCAGAAUGCUCAAGAAGCCUCCAAAUACGAGCUGAUCCAACUGCUGCCGGAGGGGAAAGAGUUAUUAAUACCUCCCACAGGAAACGUCUUCUAUGCCAUGUCUUCAGCUAGCGUGGACUUCCUGUUAAGGAGAAGAGGAGGAAAUACACCUUCAGGGUCUCCGACUCUUGGCAACGAAAGCAGCGCAACCUUUCCACGAAUCAAAUCCAAGGGCAGAAGGCUAGUUCGGACACUAUUUUAACAUAAAAACAGGAUAUUCUCAUCCAAAUACUUUCAAAAGAAAAGACACAGUAUAUUUCAUUCAGAGCUCUUUGACGUACCUGUGUAGAAUUGACUCAAAUCAGCCAUUUUCAUAAGUCCCAAUAUUAGUAAUUUGAGUAGAAGCUUGGUUAAAUUGGCUCUAAGAUGUUAGUUACUGCUAAACAUUGCAUUUUUGCAUCUCAUAAAUCCAAGAUGAAUUUCGAGACAGGAUCAUGUACCUCUUGCUGACGCCAGCAUUUCCAGAACUUCCCCCAUCUACCUCUAAAGCUAGCAGUCCAUUGGUUACAGAAUAUUCUGCAUUAUUAAUGACCAUCAAACGGGGAUAGAGCAGCGACAAGAUCCCAGCAUAAGAGAAUAAACACUUACAGAAGGUACUUACACCUGUCUAACAUUUCAAAACACUGAGCUGUCCUGUGUGUGGGUAAAAAGCUAGUGGAAAACACCCACCUACCUGAAGAUGAGUCAUGAAUCCACUGCCGCUCUCCGGUGUCCUCACCAAGUAUGCAAACUGAUAGUUGCUUCUUUCUCUUUAAAUAUUAAUACAGAAUUCAUUAUGGUUAUGGUAAUAUCAAGACUCUGUUCCAAAACCUAGUAUAAAGUGUCAAAUUAUCAAAGGCAGGAAGCUACGUAUCCUCAAAAGAGACCGAUCUGAAUCACUCUAAAUAGGCCGCACAUGGGACUUGGCACAUGACUUUACAGUCAAUUUCAGUACAGCUGGAUGUUUGUUUCCAAGCUUAAAAGCACAAUAAUCUAGUAAUAAUAAUAAUACACUACUUUCCAAAAGUUUGGGGCCACUAAGAUUUUCGGAAAAAAAAAAUAAUAUUUUUAUUUAGCAAGGUUAUUACAGUUAACUAAAACUAAAAUUAAAACCAUAAAAAUUGUUUCUUAAACGUUUCUUAAACGGUUUCUUAACUGAAAUUAUACUGUAUAUAUAUAUAUAUAUAUACAGUAUAUACAAAUCUCUUUUAUUUCAGGUAAUUGCCAAAGCAAGAUUUCUCAUUUGAAAAAACAAAACAUUGUAUAUAUAUGGAUAAAAAAAAUACAAAAUAAAUUACAAAAACACAACAGAUUUACUAAAAUGUAAAUAAAAAAUACAAUUAAAAACUGAAAAUAUGUAAUACAAACGAAUUCAAAAUAUUCAUAAAAACAGUAAUUGUAUCUCAAUGAUACUAAAAUAACAUGGUCAUUUAGCAAUAAUGCUUUAAAUUGAUCAAAAGUGAUAAAAUAUUUAUAUUUCUACUUUGUACUCAUCAGAGAACCCUGACAAAAGUAUCAUGGAUUCCACAAAAAAUAUUCAGCAUUAAUGUUUAUAAUAAUACUGUUUCUUGAGCAACAAAUAGAAUGAUUUCUGAAGGAUCAUGUAGCACAGUAUGUUAAAAUAUAAACAUAUAUAACAUACAUUGUGAAUUGUAAAAUUAUUUCACAAUACUAUUGUUUUUACUGUAUUUUUGAUCAAAUAAAUGCAGCGUACUGUAGAUUAGACUUCUCUCAAAACAUCAAACAAUUAUAAUAACAAUAAUCUAACAGACUCCAAACUUUUGAAUGGUAAUGUAUGUACAGUAGCACAAAAAGAUAAUAUAGGUAAUAUAGUCAAUUUUAUUUGUAUUUACCUAUUUUUUUACUUUAAUAAAUUGCAGUAUUGAAUGUAAUGUGUAAUAGAUUCCACAGUGUGGGUGUGCCUUCUCCACAAUGGAUACAUGCAUAAAAAUAGGCCAAAAGAAAGUGACUGAGGCGGCAGCGUAAUCAUGCAGCCUACAUUUAGAACAGGGCAGCUCACUAGGUUUUGGGACCGAGCCAACAGUGUGUUAAACUGAAGGUCUCCAGUUCUGGCUGUUCUUCCAUACCAAAUCAACUCCUUUAAAAAAGCAACAAAGCUGUGCCUGUGACAUUAUUUUUGUACUGAUAAAAGCAUAACGCUACAAUCAUCCAAAGUAGAAAACAACCCAGUUGUUGGAACCCUGAUGAACCUUGCGCUCUUUCUCAUAUGCUGUUGACGUCUCUGUGGGAACUGAGGCAUGCGAGAGCUUACAGCAAGGACGAGGGGUCCGUUUCAUCUCAGUCUUUGGUUAUGUUCGGAAUAGGAUACUAACAUACUGUACUACACUCACAUGCAAAAGUCUGGAUACUUACUACAAUGUGCAGCAUACAAAAGAGUUAUUAUUUUUCUAAGAUGAUAACUGGACGUCACAUGCAAUGUGGUGAGGUCAUGUGAGAGCAAAUGUAGCAUACCACAAUUACCCUUUAAAUAUAACAGUAGAAAGUACACAUGGAGUGAGUAGUAAGCUAGUAUUCCAUUCCGAUGAUAGUCAUUGUUUUUGGUCACUUGUUUGUUAAGUGCCUUAUUAUCAGGUGCUCGUGUGUGAUUGUUGCUCUGGUGUGUUGCGCAGUGAAAAGCAUGUUACAGCUUCAGUCCUGUAUCGUCAGAUCUGUACUCUGACAACUUUAUGCACUACAUACCUCAUAUUCUUGUAAUAAACUUUAAUUUUGAUACAA